AUGAUAAAAUCGUUCUCGCUCCCUGACUGUUUGGUGCUUCGUUUUACGGGCACGGUGCAGCAAAAUGCCAUUUGCUUAGCAGAUGUGGACAAUGAUGGGCAAAACGAACUCAUCGUGGGUAAUUCAGAUGGGACUUUGGCUGUCUACAAGGAGCUCUCUGAUGAGCCAUGGCGAGUGUGUCAUGAUUUGGGCAUGAUAUCCGCCGUUUGUGUGGGCGAUAUGCGCAAUGAUGGUACCAACGUUCUAGUGGUCAUUGAUGGCAGCGGCUGGUUUUACAUACUGGAUUUCAACGCCACCUACGAGCCCCGAUUGCGCGUCACCAAGGAGACGUGCUAUCAUUUGCCUGGCGACGUCUUGGAUCGUUUAUCUGACUCGGUUUGCUCUGAACAGCCCAUGAAGAAUCGAUCCAUGGAACGUCAUUCCAGUGGUGAUUCCGCCCUAGACCUUGACCAAACCGAAUGCUUAUCCAACCCUGAAAUCAUUGUUUCGGGAUCAGAAAACUUGCCCAUUGUGCCAGAAGAAGACAAUUCUGCCGCCGACCAAAAUGAUUUGCGACGGCGCGAGACUUCCCGUUCUCGAUCCAUAUCUCAAGAUAGGUCUUCGGCCAAUCGGACUCCUUCGGGAUCUCACACUCCUCAUACUGGGCCUCCUAGUGAUGGCGAUAAGAAUAAAAUUACCGCUUCCCUUGAUAGCGACACCCCGAACGACACCACUAGAGACUCAAUGAGCGAGUCUGAUACGAGCUCGCACCAUUGUGAGCACAAUUCUAUUCACGUUUGGUACCGCCAACGGGUUCCUGCCAACAUAAGAGAGGUUCUGAUAUUUGACCUCAACAAUGACGGCAUCAACGAGGUGGUCAUGGCCCUCACGGAUCGCGUUGUGCGCACCUAUCAAUGGCAUCCUUCUGACCCUGUAAAUGAAGAGCUCAAGGAAAAAGCUGCCAUCCUUCGAAUGCAGAAAGCCCGCAAGCACGGCCGGGUUCGACGACGUCGCCUUGGCACUCUGAAACCCGUGCAGAAAUGGGAAUUCGGCAAUCAAAUCGGGUCCAUCACCAGAAAUCGCAACCACGACGGCACCAACGCCCUCAUUUUAGCCCAGCCGGGUGGAGGGAUGCUCAAAUUGAUAUCCAAGUCCGGCUUGGAGCUCAAAGAAGACGACAGCCCAGAGGAACUGAUGGCUAAAAUCGGCGAAGUCAACUGUAGCACGUUGAGCAUCAAUGAGAUGAGAAAUUUUACAACCUCUGCCGAGAUCAAAGGCAAUCUUCUCACUCAGGAAGCCAUAACCGGUCAACUGGAAGUGGGAUUACAGUCCACUCCGUAUGCCGUUGUCACCAUGGCAGGCACGGUUAUGUUCGUUAAGGACGAUUCUGUCGUGUGGACCGUUGAGACUGAAAAACCCUUGUUUUGCGCGCGAAGUCUGGCCAUGGGAGCCGACCAGCCUGAUUAUGUAGUUGUGGCUGGAUGGUCGGGAUAUACCUUCUUCUUUGAUCAAAACGGCAAACAUUUGGAGUUUAUGUUUGAUCAGAGUGUGGCCACUUUUACUUGCGGGCCUUUCUACUCCGAUGGUGCUAAUCGCCCGACUUUAGUAUAUACGACAGUCGAUGGCGAAAUUUUUCUUUACUACAACCUGAAGCCCCUUGAGCGUGAGAGUUAUAGAAACUAUUCAAAACUUGGAUGAAGAUCAGGAACUCCAAGAACUGCUUAAAUCUGCCAUGGGUUUGAGUAAGGUUUCGGGUCCUCAAUUAGCCGAUAUAACGAGCUACAUUUUGUAUGGGACGAGGUGAAGAAAGCCGUACACUUCCAUAAAACAAGAGACAAGCAAGCGUGUCUGUAGUAGGAGAUAUAUUUAGCCGUCAUCAAUACCUUUUCCAUUCAUCGGGCUUAUGGUAAAUUCUGGUGAUGGGAUUGGAUUUAACAGGAUUGCCUCUGCUAAAGUAACUGGUAUCUGGAAAAUAAAUCCUUUAAAUUUUA